CCCUCCGCUCAGACUGCGGACGCUCCGGGGCCAGAACCCGCACUUCUUUGAUCGGGACCGGUGGUGAUCAGCAGGGUCUGAUAGGUGAUCGGCAGGUGAUCGGGAUCGAUCAUUGGUCGGUGAUUGGCUGAUCGGUGGGAUGUCCCGGCUGCUGGAGAGCAGGAGACAGGACAGGAUGAAGGAAAUCAACCUCAAGAACAAGGAGAAGGAGCGUCUGAAGGAGAGGGACAAGGAGGCGAGAGAGAGGGAGGCGCGCUCCAGUAACGGCCACCUGUUCACCUCCCUGACAGUGUCCUCCACCACCCUCUGCUCCUCCUGCAACAGGAGCAUCACGGCCAAGGAGGCGCUCAGCUGCCCAGCCUGUAAUGUCACCAUCCACAACCGCUGCAGAGACAGUCUGGCGAGCUGUGCCAAAAUGAAGCAGAAGCAACAGAAGCUGGCACUGGCAAGAAACAGUUCAGCUCUGCAGAAUGUCGCCAUGAGAACCAAGACUCCGAUAAUCAAGGAGCGUCCGAGCUCCGCCAUCUAUCCCUCCGACAGUCUCCGUCAGUCCCUGCUGGGCUCCAGACGGGUUCGAUCCGGCCUCUCUCUCGCCAAGAGUGUCUCCACCAAUAACAUUGCAGGUUUUACAGAGGACUCUGCAGGUCUCAGGAGGAUCCUGUCUCAGUCCACAGAGUCUCUAAACUUCAGGAGCAGAACUUUGUCUAUGGAGUCGCUCACUGACGACGCUGAGUGGAGCCCCCUGCUGGAAGAGCUGCAGAAGGAGGGCAGCAGUGUUCAGGCCGACAGCUGGAGCCUGGCUGUGGAGCCCGGCUUCCUGCAGACGCUUCACAAAGACCUCAUCAAGCAGCAGGACGUCAUCUACGAGUUGAUCCAGACCGAGUUUCACCAUGUCCGCACGUUGAGGAUCAUGGAGGGGGUGUACCGGCGGGGGAUGCUGGAGGAGGUGAUGCUGGAGGCGGGCGUGGUCCACACCAUCUUCCCGUGUUUGGACCAGCUGCUGGAGUUUCAUUCCAACUUCCUGGCAGAGCUGCUGAACAGGAGGAAAGAGGGUCUGGUGGAGGGCAGCUCCACCAACUUCACGGUGCGCAGGCUGGGAGACCUGCUGGUCCGACUGUUUUCAGGGCAGAGUGCCGAUGAUUUGAAGAAACUUUAUUCAGAGUUUUGCAGUCGACAUCCAAAAGCUGUGAAACUCUACAAAGAAGUUUUAGGUCGUGACCGAAGACUGCAACAGUUCAUCAGGCGUGUGUGUCGUGGUCCUCUGCUGCGCCGUCAUGGCGUCCAGGAGUGCAUCCUACUAGUGACGCAGCGGAUCACAAAGUACCCCGUUCUCAUCCAGAGAAUCCUGGAUAACACCAAAGGCUGUGAGGAGGAGGCGCAGGCUCUGAGCCGGGCGUUGGUCCUCCUGAAGGAACUGAUCAGCUCUGUGGACAGAGAAGUCCUGGAGCUUGACCGGAGCAGGAGGCUGCAGGAGAUCCAGGCCCGUCUGGAUCCGCGGGCACAGGCAGAGGUCAGGGAAGGAGGAGUUUUCAGAGGAGGAGAGCUGCUGAGGAGGAAGCUCCUGCAUGAGGGUACUCUCCUCUGCAAGGUCCAGGGCUCCAGGAUGAAAGAUGUGCAGGUCCUGCUGAUGUCAGACAUCUUGGUUUUCCUUCAGGAGAAAGACCAAAAGUUCACCUUUGUUGGAUCACUGGACAAGUCUCCAGUGGUCUCACUGACAAACCUGAUUGUCAGAGACAUAGCCAAUCAGGAGCGAGGGAUGUACUUGAUCAGUCACUCCACCCCUCCGGAGAUGUACGAGUUGCAUGCGUCAUCAAAAGAAGACCGGAAGACCUGGAUGAGCCGCAUCCAGCAAGCCGCCACCAGCUGUCCAUCCAGAGAUGAGUUUCCUCUUAUUGAGACUGAAGAUAAGGCGUUACUGCGCCGACUCAGAGCUGACAUCCAGCAGAAGGACAGGGAGGUGCUAGAGCUCCUACAGGAGCGCGUCACUCUGUUUUCUGACCUGGUCGAGGCAUCAGGAAGAGGAAAAGCAGAAGAAGAAGAAGACGUGGAGGUCAAGAUCUCGUCCUCCUGCAGGAACCUCUUCAGAGCUGACACUCCUCAUGCUCCUCAGGCUGAGCCGCUUCUCCUCACUGCCAUUGGUGAAGUCGACAGACUGACGGAACUGCUGUCAGACUCCAGCAUCCACAAAUCCUCCAUAACCAAUGGCAACCAGGAAAUCAGCGAUAGUGACUCUGGUUCUGUGAACGGCUCCUUUGACUUGAACGAUAAAUCCUCAAAGGACAGAAACGGUAACCAGCUGCAGGAACGAUCCCUGAACGAGGAAGUCCAUCAGCGGUUGGUCAGUCUGAGCACUCAGCUUCAUGCCCUGCAGGCUGCUGUGAUUCGUCAGGACUCGAUCCUAGCACUGUUGGUCAAUGUAGGGUCCACCACGUCCACCAACCCCAGCUCCGCCCCUGGCCCCCGCCUCAGCCGGUCGCUGUCAAGGGACACGGGAUUGGAUGCUAGCGGGGAGGCGGUCCUGCUGCGACGGCAGGUAGAGCUGCUGCAGGAGGAAGUGACACGGCUCCGUCUGAGAGAGGAGGACCAAAACUGGGAGAGGGCGGAGCCAGGCAGCAGGAAGCGGAGCAAAAAUGGAGAAAAGAGUGAUGUCAUAAAAGGAGAACAGGUCAACAGGAGGCGUAGCAGUCGGGAACUGGAGCUCCGCCCCCUCGCCCCACUAGCCACCCAGGAUCCAGUUGACCAGUUAGAUGGCGUCCAAGAAGGAAAUGAAGAGGAGGAAGUGAUGAAGAUCUCUCCUCGCUCUGACAGUCCCAGAGAUCUACAGGACAUCCCUGAGGAGACCGAGAGUUAACCUCCCACCUACACCUGACGACCUCAGGGACUUCUGCUGAUGUCACUGUGAUGUCACAGACAGACAUCAGACUCUUAAGACUGCUGGAUAUGAUGCCAUUUCCUGUUUUACAGUUUUUAGACCAAAUCAUUUGUUCUGGAACACUUUCUGACAGUUGCUGUUAAGUUAGAAACAGGAAAUAAAACCAUGUGGCCUGUUUACAUCAUCGUGUCUGCUGGAAUGGGCGGAGCCAAAAGGGGAGGGUCUAACUGGCAAAUUAUUUGAGGGUUGGGGUUUCAUUCUGUUUCAAGCAAACUGGGUCAUGUAAUCAGAUCACUAGGUUGACCUUCGACCUUGAUGUUUGUUUGUUUAUGUGUUUGUAAAUGUGACUGCAGGAUGUGGAGCUGGGCCUGGAUCUGGUCUGAUCUGGAUGAUUUUUACAGUUUGUUUGAAGCAGACCAAAUUUUAUUUAUUCUUUGAAUCUUAGACACACCACACUACAAUACCCAGAAUGCCUUUGGACCAGCAGCCAUCUCAGCCAUUUGCUAUUUGACCAGAAUGUUUUAGUUUUAGAGGCAUCUGAUUCCAAGGAACCAAACACCUCCCGAGUCAGAACUUGAACAUUAUAUAAACGUUUUUUUUAAACGUGUCACAGGGAGGACUGGGAGGAGGUGUGGUCAGACAUGGGUUUUGGGGCAUUGGGAGUCACAUAGUGCUGGACUGUAGAUCAGGUGUGUUUUUAAGGAGCAUGAAGCGCCUUCUCUUAGCAUGUUAGCAUGGCUGUGUCUCUUAUAUUUGUGCAGGACAUUGGUUGAAUUGACCAAUCACCUUGUUUGUUUUGGCAUGUGGAGGUAAUGAUGUCAGCUCCUCGUGUUGUGCAGUGGUGAUAAUGAUAAUGAAGGACGGUGUUUAAUGUAGAAAACGUUUGAACGUGUUUGUUUCUUUAAAAAAAAGCAACACCACACACGCCACUGUGUAUGGUGAUGAUGAGAUCAUGUGACCACGGGGGGGGGGG